UUCUUAUCAGCUUCUUUUGCUCCUACGCGGCGUGGACAGGAGCUCUUCGAGACCAAAAUCUUUUUAGAGCUCUGUUUCUAGGUCAAUUAGGGCUCAUGGAAUGGAGGAGCGGGAGAAGCUCCGAGCGCUGCUAGAGCAUUCCGCGACAUCGGGAUUUUCUCUCCAAUCUGGUGCUCAGUUGCAGGAAUGGCUGGAGAGGUUUGCCGCCAGCGUCAAGGGCAGAGCUGAGGAUCUGCGAGCGCAGAUUGAUCGGCUCGCGGAUCACACCGCCUCCGUUGAGCAGGAUCUAAAGAACGCGUUUAAUUCUUUCAGGCUUCUCUCCAACACGCAGUUCAUUGAGAAUCGUGUCUAUGAGGAAGACGAAACCGUGACUCCCGAGCAAGAAAAGGAUGGAGAACCGCAGCGUGUGGAGAGCUACGAGGGUGAUAUUGCUCCUCGCUACAAGGAGGCUGUUACCACUGCAUGGAACGAGCAUCUAAAGCUUUCUCGAAGCCGAGAAGCGAGGCCCAGGAGUUUGCCUUAUAUAAUUGGAAGCGAGGAGUUCAUGCGUGAUCCUCACUGUGGCUUGCCAGAUUUGAGAGACAAAGCGUCCACCUCGGUGACACGAGAAUACGACUCUGAAGCCGAAAAGGAUGGGGUUAACAUGGCUGCUGAGAUGGUUGCCGGUGGCGUGAUUUCGGACGGUGAAUGGUCAGAGCCCAGUAACGAGGCACCUGAGGAUCAAGAUCACCACGAACCAGCCGUCUCUGCUGCUCUGGACUUCAAAGCAAUGCUUGAAGCGGCCCUGCGAGCUUCAUAUGUAACAAGUGACGAUGGCUCAAGAAUGGAUCCCAUAUAUGAACCAGCAAACGUUAACGCGGAAAAUGAGACUGGCUUGGGAAGCGCGAGCAACAAUGACAUUGUAAACGAAGGAAAAGCUACCCUUGACGACAUACUUGGCAAAAUCGCUCGGGAAGCUGACCAGCGUCACUACUCUCCGCAACAAUUGGAGGAGGAGAGAGCAAGGCGAGAAGCAAAGUCUCAAAUCCUUCCACCUCCAGUACAGCCAGAUGCGAGCUCUUCGGACAAAUCCUCCCACUGGAGCGAGAGCGAGGAAGACGCGAGCUCUCACCACGAACCUCGAGUAUCCUUUUCUUUUCCUGCUGGCACACAACCGGAGUUUCCAGACGUCGGGCAAGAAGAAUCGCGAUCUCAAGCAGCCGAGAAAGCUGGGAGCAGCUCAGACGAGACGCUCGUGUCUAAAGAUCCAUCAGAGCCGAGCACGAGUUCUGCUAGACACAAGUCCCUGUUUGAUGAAGAUGAGGACGACGAUGACGAGGAGGAGAAGGAAGAAGAAAAGCUGUCCAAGUUAAAUCCGGUGUCACCGCAACCAAGCUUGGUCGCAACAUCCACGAGAUCAAACGAGACGCCGGAACCACUGAAUCCAAUCGUGACGCCACCGAUAUCAAACGAGACGCCGGGAGCGCUGAGUCCAAUCGUGACGCCAACGAGAUCAAAGGAGACGCCGGGAGCGUUGAGUCCAUCACCGACGAGGCUAAACAAGCCGGCAGCAGCACUGCCAUUCCGGAGCACCGCACUUUCGAGCCUUCUCUUUGGAGACGAAGACAAUGACGAUGACGAAGACGCUUUGUUCGGGCCGGUCGCUUCUACUCCAUUUGUUAAACCAUCCAACGAUUUGUAAAUCUCUUCUGGCCA